AGGGUUAUGUUUUUUUUUCGUCAGAGAUAAGUCUAUCGAAGGCAGGCGACAUUCGCGCGUUUCUCGGAAACACCUUUACAUGGGGAUAAUGAAUUCUUAAAAGUAUAAGACUGAAAGCCAGUCGCUGUUUACAUUUACAGGAUCAAGAACUGCACCCCCUUUAAGAUGCAGAGAGGAGUGUGGAUUCUAGCAUUAGUUUCAGUAUGUGUUGCUGCAAUCCAACAGGAUGACCUAAACUAUAUAGGAGAAAACUUGGACGUCAAAAUAUCUGUCCACAAUGACUUAAGAAAAACUGACUUGGCCAAACACAGGUUUGGCCUCACUUUGAAAAACACCGGAAGUAAAACAAUUCGCUCAGACAACUGGGCCAUAUACUUCUGCAGCUUCUUCGCUAUUGAACCAGGUAACCUUGUGUCUCCCGUAGGCUACGUUCUGCCGAACUACAAUGUCAAAUUCAACCACAUUGAUGGCUGCUUGUUCAGCAUGGCGCCAACUUCAGAUUUCCUGGAUAUUCCUGCAAACGGUUCCCGCUUCAUUGAGUUUUUCGGUCAAUGGUGGGCCGUGGCGAGGACGGACGUUCCCCCGAAUUGGUACAUCGCUGCCCCCUCUCUUACGCCCGUCAAUAUCAAAUCUACGGCGACAGGUAAGAAAUUUGUAACGGAGUUUAAAACUGUGGACCAAUGGAAGCGAUACCUAGUGGACCAGUAUAACCCUUUUACGGCACAAGAUCGCUUCAGACGAUACAAAGUUAGAAACUUUAACACUCACAUCAAGCUCGUCAUCCCUACGCCCAAAGAGAUUGACGUCAACUCUGAAAAGUUUAUCAACAUAAAGGAUAAGAUUGUUGUGUGCACCCAAGAUGCAAACCAAGGCUGUUUACUUUUGAAAGAGAAACUUGGUUUAUCCUAUACAAUAAACAAUGAUGUUGCGCAGAUUCAAAAACAAAACGGCAUAAGGGUAUGGAUGAAUUCUUCUCUUGGUGAGAAUCAAGGUCUUUAUCAUCUCUUCACCGACUCAACCAAAGGGACGGUCACUGUGAUUGGCCAAUCUCCCGUUGCUAUUUAUCACGGCAUCCAAUCACUUCUAAGCUUAGUGUCGGGAUCGCCUGACAACGACAGUGUCCCGGAUGUUAGAAUUGAAGACGAGCCUCGGUUUGAACACAGAGGCAUGCAUGUUGAUGUAUCAAGGAACUUUAGAACAAAAGAGGAUCUACUGAGACUGAUGGAAGCUAUGUCGAUGUAUAAGAUGAACAAACUUCAUCUACAUCUCACUGAUGAUGAAGGCUGGCGAUUAGAAAUUCCUGGUAUUCCAGAAUUAACAGAGAUUGGGAGUAAACGAUGCCACGAUCCUGAUGAGACAAAGUGUUUAGUUCCCCAACUCGGAUCGGGCAGCGACCAAACAACUUCCGGUUCCGGCUUUUUCACAGUCGCAGAUUUCCAGGAAAUUUUAGACGAAGCAUCAAAACGUUUUAUCGACGUCAUACCGGAAGUGGACAUACCAGGUCAUUCCCGCGCUGCCAUCAAAUCCAUGGAAGCAAGAUACAAGAAAUACGAGACAAGCGACCCAACACGCGCAAAUCAAUACAGACUAGUGGACCCGGAUGAUACCAGUAAAUACCAAUCAGUUCAGAUGUUUGAUGACAAUGCAAUAAACCCGUGUAUCGAAACCACAUACGCGUUCGUGGAGAAAGUGAUCUCGGAGAUCAAGAAAAUGUACGAGGGACACCAGACUCUCAAGUUCUUCCAUUUUGGCGGAGACGAAGUGCCCGAAUUAGCGUUGGUCAAUUCAACAAAGUGUCAGCAGUUUACGAGGGAUAAUCCCUUUUACAAUACGACACACCGCUUGAAGGAGUACUUCGUCUUACGUGUGUCCAAUAUAACCAGCAGCCUAGGACUGGAUCUGGCCGGCUGGGAAGACGGUUUACUACAAGAAGGCGGGGUGCCUUUUGAACGGACAGAAUUACCUAAUUCUGCAGUGUACGGAAACGCAUGGCAGAACAUUUGGGAAUGGGGUGCUGGAAGACGAGCAUACGACUUAGCGAACAGUGGAUAUAAAGUGGUUCUUUCCCAUGCCACGCAUCUGUUUUUCGAUCAACCACAAGAACCCGAUCCCGAGGAGCCUGGUCUCUAUUGGGCUACUCGCUUUACCGACGCCAUGAAAGCUUUUCACUUCCUGCCAGAUAGACUUUACGACAACAUCGCAGAGAAAAGAUCGGGAGAGCGGCUCACAAAAUCAGAAGCGUGUGGGGAAAAUAUGGAGAAAUGUCCUCCUUUAGUAAACAAAAGCAACAUCAUUGGUCUCCAGGGCCAAGCAUGGGGAGAAACAUUUAUGACGUCAGAAAUAUUUGACUCAAUGGUCUUCCCAAGAAUUCUUUCCUUGGCUGAACGAGCGUGGCACAAAGCAUCAUGGGAAGAAAUGGAGCAACCCGGAAGGGGCGUGGCAGCGCUAGAAGAUUGGGAGUCGUUCGCAAACACAGUCGGUCAUAAAGAGUUCAAGAGGCUGAGACAGUUAGGGAUAAACUACAGGAUAGCACCGCCCGGUGCUAUCGUUGAGAACGGAUACCUCAGAGUAAACACGGAAUUUCCAGGACAUUCGUUACAAUACAGCAGGGAUGACGGUGCCACGUGGUUUGAUAUCCCGCAUGAGUGGUUUCUCCGAGACAAGCAUCCUUUUCUCCUGCGAACUUGUCUUUUAGACGAAACCAGAUGUAGUAGAACAAUCAAGUUUUACCCAGAUGAACCUGCGCCAAAAUCAGAGCAACAUUUAGUAGAUUACAUUUCCGAAAAUGUCGAGACGAGAUAUGAGGUGAUAAGUAACCUUAUCAACGAGUGGCAAAACUUCAGCGCAAGAAUAUCUCUAUACAACAAAGGAGAGAGGGACCUGUCCUAUGGAAACUGGGAGAUAUAUUUCAACUCUAUCAGACUUAUUCAACCUAAUGACUAUCCUUACCCGUCUGGAUAUUUACUCCCAGAAUGCAACAUGACUGUUCAUCACGUGAGCGGAAGUCUGUUCAAACUGACGCCGACGGACUAUUUCCGUCUCAAUCAAAAGAGGGGUCUGUCUUGCACGAUCAUCUGCAAGUAUUGGCAAUCCGCCAUUACUGACUCCAUGCCAAACUGGUACGUCGCGGCUGACGCAAUGAGACCGAAAAAUCUGACUUUUACCGAAGGCGAGGAUUUGAAUUACGUGGCGUCCUUUGUUAGACGGGAACAGUACAUUCGAUAUCCUACGGACGGGUGGAAGCCAUUUACAGCGGAAGAAAGGUUCGAUAGAAAUCAGGCGAUGACGGUUUCCGGGAUGCCCGAGAAACGGAUUAUACCCACUCCUGUCGAAAAUAUACUGCAAUCGCAAUCUGUGACCAUUGACUCAUCUUGGGUGAUUGUAAAUUCGACGAACUAUAUUAGUGAAAUUCAGUUGAUUUCUGAUUUGCUGACAAUACAAGUAGCAGCCGCGAAACCAGCUUCAAAAUACAUAGAAAUAAUCACAAACAAUAGCAUGACUAUCCUCAAUAACCAGGAAACACAGGACGAAUCAUACAUAAUCAGUAUCAACCCAACCAAUAUCGCCAUUACUGUAAGGAAACCCUGUGGUGUAUUUUACGCAUACCAAAGUCUACGUAGCCUACUAAACACUAACAAAGCUUUACCCAUCGGCGACAUCAAAGACCAGCCUCGUUUCCAAUACAGAGGAAUGCAUGUUGAUGUCGGGAGAAACUUCCACACUAAAGAGGAGAUCUUGAAAAUUCUCGACGCGAUGGCCAUGUAUAAGUUGAAUAAGUUUCAUUUUCAUUUGACGGAGGACGAAGGCUGGAGACUUGAGAUUCCCGGACUUCCUGAGCUAACAGAGGUGGGAUCGAAGCGAUGUCACGACUCAAUGGAAGAAGAAUGCCUUCUCCCACAGUUAGGCUCAGGGUCCAAUGGCUGUAAACUUGGCUGUGGGUUUUACACGGUCGAAGACUACAAAGAAAUCCUGAGAUAUGCGAACGCCCGCCAUAUUGAAGUCAUACCGGAAAUCGAUAUGCCCGGUCACUGCCGCGCAGGCAUCAAAGCCAUGGAGGCUAGAUACAGGAAGUACAUGAAUUAUGGGAAUGAAACUGCUGCUCGGGAAUUUCUCUUGACUGACUUCGCUGACAAAACUCAGUAUCUGUCUGUUCAGUUGUUUACGGACAAUGCCAUCAACAUCUGUAUGGACUCCUCCAAAGUCUUCAUACGUUACAUCAUACGGGCUAUUAAAAAGAUGCAUGCAGAUAUACAACCAUUGAAGGUGUACCAUUUUGGAGGUGACGAGAUAGCUGGAGCGUGGAAGGACUCGCCAGAAUGUCAGACCUUUGUGGCAAACUCAGCAUUAAAGGAUGUGGGCGAAUUAAAGAAGUAUUUCGCCCAUUUGAUGACCCAGUUAACGAAUGACGAGGCGCUGGUUGUAGCGGCCUGGGGCGACGGGUUGAAGGAAGGACUGACUCCAUUCAAUCGAUCCGAGUUCCCUGGUCAAAGAGAUGUGAUCGCCUAUAAUUGGGAGAACGUCUGGGAGUGGGGCCAAGGAGACAAGGCGUAUAAACUGGCUAAUGCUGGAUAUAAGGUGGUGCUCGGUCAUGCCACCCACCUCUAUUUUGACCAUCCUUACGAACCGGAUCCGGAAGAGCGUGGAUUCUACUGGGCGACUCGGUUCACUGACACUCGGAAGGUCUUCGGCUAUGUACCUAGUGAUAUAUACAAAAACGCCGAUAUUGCGGGAAACGGACAACCAUUAACACAUGAUCAGAUAUGUACAAACAACGGAACGUGCCUACAGUUGGAAAGGCCGGAGAAUAUUAUUGGCAUGCAAGGACAUAUUUGGACAGAGACAGUUCGGACGACAGACCAGCUGCAGGAAAUGGUGUUCCCUCGCCUGAUUGCCCUGGCGGAGAGGGCGUGGCACAGGUCAGCGUGGGAGGACGAGGAAAAUAAGAGUCAGAGGGUUGCCCAAACCAAUGAGGAGUGGACCUCGUUUGCUAAAGCAUUGGUGAAUAAAGAGUUGGAUCGACUGGAAAAAAUGGGAAUCAAGUACAACGUUCCUAAGCCUGGAGGAAGGCUGAAUAAUCUCAAAGUAGAGGUCAACACUGCGCUUCCCGGUUUAAAUAUUCAGUAUACGGAAAAGGGGAGGUCUAAUUGGCGUGACGUCACUUCCGAUACCAAAAUUUUGCCGGGAACAGAUAUAGAAUUGAGGACUACGUCUAAAAGUGGGCGUGUGCGCAGCUUUGGUCGUACGCCUGUUACUCUACGAUCACCGCAAUUAACUUCCGCUUCCAACCGGAAGUAUCACGGCGUAAUUCAUAUUAUCAUUACUUUAACUUCACUGGUUUGUAUGUUGUAUGUGUGAUCAUUGCUUGGACUAAAAACCUUAAAACCUGAAUGUUUUUUUAAAUUAUUUAAGUUUUUUUGUUUUUACUUUUUUUGCAUACAAUACUUUGAUACAUUUGAUACUUUUUAUAAAAAAUGUUGUACACAAGUAAUUUUAGUUCGUUUGAUAUAAUAAGAGGUAAUAUGUUUUUUGAUUGAAUAUUCCAGAAACCCACAUGAUUAUGCAGCUUUCGAACAUGAUCUUAUGAUUUAGUUUUCCCAGUUUGUAAGUGUGUUUUGCACUGGUUUACAUGUUCUGUUAUUAUACACAUUUCAUGGAAUAUAGUAACCCA